CAUACACAAAAACGAGAGAAAUAAUGGAGAGCACAAAGAGAAGUUUAAGCUUGUUGGUAUUAUGUUUUCUUAUGGGAACAUUAAUGUUAGUGAGUGGCCAGAGUGCAACCAACGUAAGGGCAACAUAUAAUAAUUACUACCCUCAGAAUAUUAAUUGGGACUAUCUCACCGCCGGUGUAUACUGUGCUACAUGGGAUGCUAACCAGCCCUUGUCAUGGCGUAAAAGAUAUGGUUGGACUGCCUUUUGUGGACCCGCCGGACCACAUGGCAGAGAUUCUUGCGGCAAAUGCUUGAGGGUGACAAAUACUGCAACCAAUACUCAAACAACAGUGAGAAUAGUGGAUCAAUGCGCCAAUGGUGGACUUGACUUGGAUGUGAAUGUCUUCAAUCAACUGGAUACCAAUAAACAGGGUUACCAUAAUGGUCAUCUUACUGUUAACUAUAACUUUGUUAAUUGUUAAUUAAUGUGAAUGAAUGAAUCACUUCUUUGUGAUCCCAAGUUGUAGUAGUGCUGCCUAACAUAAUACCAUAAAUAAAACUAGCGGUGCUACUUAUUAUAUACUUAGCUUUGGAUGAAUCAUACUUGUUCUUAUUUAUUGGUUA